AUGUCACUUGCCACUACCCCUUACCCCUCUGAGCGCGAAAAUCUUCCCCCCACAGUUCUUUACAAUCUUUCCUCUGCCUCUCUGCCGCCCUCCGAUAUCACCGUCGCAUCCAGGAUGAUGCUCUCACCGGCCUCCCUCGCGUCUUCGUGUCCUCCUACCCCCAUCGGUGGCGUUCGCAGUGGGUCCCCGAUAAAGGUCCGAUACAGCGCUGGCUCGUUGAAGGUCCGAUCCAUGAGAGAGGACGCCAUGCCCACACCCAUCUCCCUAUCCUUCCCCAUCGCUCACAAUGCGAGUUCCAAGACAAGCAGCCGGUCCAAACCAUUCGAGUUCUGCGAGGAGGACGGGGAAGACGAGGAGGAUGACAUUCCGCCUCACACCAGGGCAUUCCCACUCACCUUCCCCCGGUACGCCAACGCGCGGCGCUUCCCGUUGUCCGAGGACUCGCAGUCCCUCCUCCGACUGGCCACCGCCAACGUCGCCCGGCAGCGUCGCAGGCUCACUUCCAUUCCGGACUGGGCCACCCUGUUCCGCGCUCAGCCUACCCACUCGCGCUUGCCUAUCCCCUUCUCUACCUUCAUACCGUUCCCCACCCGGAUGUCGAGGCCUGUCCUGCCCCCGCUCCACAUCCCGUCCUCCGGCUCCAAAUUCUUCGAGACCGGACUGCCCCCGCAGGGCUGCGACACCGACGACACCGACGACACCGAGGGCGAGGGCAGCUCGAACUCGAGCACGCCCUCCGAGCCGCCCUCCGAACUGCUCUCCGAGCCCCCCUCGCCGCGCCCCUCCGCCUCGCUCCACGGCACGCUCACCACCCGCCUCUUCGCGCGCUACGCCGCUGCGCGCAAAUCCAUGCGCGCGCCGCACGCGACCUCCUUCCGCCGCUCGUCCUCCGCCUCGAGCGUGCGGUCCGCGCCGGCGGCACCGCGGCCCAAGGCGUCCUUCCUCCGGCGCAUCGCGCCGCGCGGCCUCGCGCUGCGCACGCGGUCUCUGCCCGUGCGCGUGGACGUCGAGACGAGCACGCGCGUGGACGGGGGCGAGCGUGCGGGGGCAAGGGCGGGGGCGGGCGUGGGCCGGUCGGCGAGCGUGCGCCGCGCGGCGUCGGAGAAGCUGAGGGGUCUCUUCUAG